AUGACUACCCGGCCAUCCGAGAAAGAUCAAAUUAGAAUGAUAGUCCGCAACCUGCAGGGGAGAUUGCUACAGAAGAUGAUUAUCUUACCCUUGUUCAUAUUUGCUGAUCUCCAUGAGAUAGGAGUUCAUAUUGAAGAUGCAAUGAGACAGGGGUUGAUAAAUGAUGAGAAGAAGCAGCCCAAGAGGCUUUUCACACGCAGUUCCAAUGCAACCACUACUGGUAAUGCAGCUGCACAACCUUCGGAUAUGAGUAUGGUCACCACCACACCCAAGACCACCAACCUUUUUGCUGGACCCAAUGAGUUCGGGUCGGGUCGGGCCAGUAACUGGACUGCCACUGCCUUCCAUUGUCAGGACUCAGUUGCUCCGCGGCAAGCCCUAAUCUCAUUUUUUUUUCCCUUCAGCAUUUCAAGCAAACCACCCCUAUCUCUCUCGCUCUCUCCACUGUUUGUGGCUUCCUCUCCUCCGAUCUUUGCACUGGGCACAUGGGUGUUCUCCGUUGCUGGUGCUUUGCUCGCAAUACCAGUGGGGAUAAAACGGAAAUCAUUGGCACCCCUCGUGUUCUUUGGCACAACUGGUACGAUGCUAGAUAUAAUCAUGGGAAUUAGCCAAUGUGAAAGGGAACAUGCAGAACGCCAAAUGAAGCUUUUAGAAGAACAAAAUGCUGCUGCUAUGGGUGCUUUGACAGAGACAGGAACCGAGUCUUGAUAUGAACGUCAUGUUCUCAUGUUGAAAAUUUGUUCUCCACAGAGUUUUUUUUUUUUUUUUUCGCUCUGAUAUUAAAUAAUGUUCUUAGUUUCGAAGGAGGUCCAUUUAUGCUGUAAGAUCAUGUUCUGAAAAGCCAUGAAGUUGUUACAGACGCUGAAUCAGUUUGAAUCCUCUUUGGAGCAACUGCAUUUUUAGAUGAAUAUCUUUACGGAAUCCAAUGCCUUUCUUUGAA